CAUCAUCGAGAUUCCAGAUGCAAACGACCUUCUUACAUUUUCCCGAAAAUAGCAGGAACUUCCUCAAAACUGUCGCAUAUAAAGAGCUCGUCUACUAAACCAGUUUCAAACCAGGAGUGGAACUUUUUGUGCUGAACUUUUAGAAAUCAUCGAACUCGGGGCAUAAUGUAUAAAUUUGGUGGAAUACCUCUGCUGGUGGUGGUGGUGGUGUGGUGUGGACUAGUUCACACAUUGGAUAAUAUGUCUCUGGAUAAAGCAUGGGAGAGCUGGAAAAUCACCCACAGGAAAGAGUACAAUGGCCUGGAUGAGGAGUCUAUUCGACGGGCUAUUUGGGAGAAGAACAUGCUGUUUAUUGAGGCCCAUAACAAAGAGUAUGAACUGGGGAUUCAUACCUAUAAUCUGGGCAUGAACCAGUUUGGAGAUAUGACACUAGAAGAAGUUGCAGAGAACAUGAUGGGACUCCAAAUGCCCAUGUACCGUGACCCUACAAACACAUUUGUUCCUGGUGAGGAAGUGGAGAGGUUGCCCAAAUCGAUUGACUACCGUAAACUGGGCUAUGUCACAAAUGUUAAGAACCAAGGUUCAUGUGGCUCCUGUUGGGCCUUUAGCUCUGUUGGGGCUUUGGAAGGUCAGCUGAAAAAGACCACAGGCAACCUGGUGGACCUUAGUCCUCAGAACUUGGUGGACUGCGUGACUGAAAAUGAUGGCUGUGGUGGAGGAUAUAUGACUAAUGCAUUCAAAUACGUCAGAGACAACAAUGGCAUUGAUUCUGAGGAGAGCUACCCCUAUGUUGGAAUUGAUCAGCAGUGUGCCUAUAAUGAGUCAGGGAGAGCAGCUGAUUGUAAAGGAUAUAAAGAGAUACCCCAGGGGAAUGAGAGGGCAUUGGCUGCUGCAGUGGCAAAGGUUGGACCUGUGUCAGUGGGUAUAGAUGCCAUGCAGUCCACCUUCCUGUACUACAAAAGCGGUGUGUACUAUGAUCCCAACUGCAACAAGGAUGAUGUCAACCAUGCAGUGCUAGCUGUCGGGUAUGGAGCCACACCAAAAGGCAAAAAGUACUGGAUUGUGAAGAACAGUUGGGGUGAAGAGUGGGGAAAGAAGGGAUAUGUCCUGAUGGCUCGUAACCGAAACAAUGCAUGUGGCAUUGCCAGCCUGGCCAGUUUCCCAAUCAUGUGAGAGAUGGACAGCAACAGGAAGCUCACAAGGGACCAACCAGAUCAAAAACAAAAGGGACUUGCUCACUAUUAUCAGUGUGAUCCAUCAUAAAAUAAUUAUUGGGGCAAAUGAUAGCAAUCCAAAAGGUUGAGUUUUUUUUUUUUUUUUAACCUCUUUUUCAUUUUAUCUACGAUGACUUGUUCUUAUUCCCAUCAAAUACUGCAACUGCAGCUGUUCUGUGCAAUAUGUGACAUGGAGUUUUGAUAUUAUGUAUGCAGUCUGUUAAAUUUCUUAUUGUUCUUCGAUGCCCCUGGUGGGAUCUGAUCACUGAAACACUUGUUUUAUGAUGUUUUCAUUAUAUAGAUUACAAAGGUUUUUUGUGACCAUAUGAAAUAAAAGGUAUCAAUUAAGAGUACACCAUA